AAAGAAAAAAGAAAAGGGAGAGAGACAGAAAGCAACAACUAUUACAAAACCCUCUCUAUGAUUUAAAUUCUCUCAAUAACACACAAUCUUGAAUUUUUCUCUCAGCUUUCUACAAAAAAAAUAUCAAGAAAAACCAAAGUUCAAGAACAAUUUUCUGUCUCUAUAAUGGGAUUAUAUUCAUCAAUCACGAAAGAAAGUUAAAGAAACUGAAAGAAAAACAAUUUUCUUGGAUUAGAAGAAAUAAUAAUGAAUAGAGGUGUUCUGCAGACCUCAUCGCCGGUGCAGCAAAUAAUGACCGGAAACCCUAAUUGGUGGAAUAUCAAUAACAUGAGGCCACCAACUCAUCAUCAUCAUCAACAACAACCACCGUCUCCGUUUCUUCUUCCUCCUCCUAAUCUUUUUCCUCAGUUCACACCAUCUUCUUGGCAUGAUAAUAAUAAUACUAAUAAUAAUAAUCAAGAUCAACUUCCAGAAUCUUGGAGCCAGCUUCUAUUGGGCGGAUUGGUGGAUGAAGAUAAGGGAAACAUGAUGAUGAGUCAUUUUCAAGCUAAGAAAUUUGAGGAUUGGGAAGAGCAGAUGUUAAACCAUCAUCAUCGUCAUCAUGUAGCUGAUAUUAAGCAAGAAAAUUCAGAAACUAACUAUGUUUAUGUAGGGCAUGAAAAUAAUGAAGAUUUUCAGACAGAAAAACCUAAUUGGUCUCAAAUGAUUCCUCUUCCUCUUCCUGUUUCUUCACCUAACUCCUGUGUUACUACAAGUUUCAGUAGUAACAUGUUGGAUUUUUGUAAUAACAAAGGAGACUGCAGACAUCCACCACCGGAUCGAUCCUCGGAGUGUAACAGCAACGAUUCAGGUGGGGCAGUUAAGAAAGCAAGGGUUCAGGCAGCAUCAACCCAAUCGACCUUUAAGGUGAGGAAGGAGAAAUUAGGUGACAGAAUUACUGCUCUUCACCAAUUAGUUUCUCCAUUUGGGAAGACUGACACAGCCUCUGUAUUGUUAGAAGCUAUAGGAUACAUUAGAUUCCUUCACAGCCAAAUUGAGGCUCUCAGUUUACCGUACUUGGCCACUGAUUCCUCAAAUAUGAGGCACCAUCAACCAUCUGUUCAAGGAGAAAGGCAUAGUUUAUUUCCUGAGGAUCCUGGUCAGUUGUUGAAUGAUAACUGCAUAAAGAGGAAAGGAGGUUCUGAUCAGAAGAAUGAAGAAGCAAAUAAGAAGGAUUUGAGGAGUAGAGGAUUAUGUUUAGUUCCUGUUUCGUGCACUCUGCAAGUCGGAAGUGACAACGGAGCAGACUACUGGGCUCCGGCUUACGGCGGAGGCUUUCAAUAGGCGACGGAUUUAAUAAAACUGGUCGCGCAAAAUCAGAAGAGCUUCCAUUAAAAUGAUAUAACAUCACGAGCAGUCACUCUGCUCAAAAUAUAAGGCUGAUUGCUCAUGAUGCUAUACAAUCUAGCUACCAAUAUAUUUAUGUGCUCCAGUGUAUGUAUGUCGUCGUUUUAUGUUUUAAUUUAGCCGCUGCUAGUUUUAUAUUUGUUGCUUUUCAUGUAUAUUUGCAGUUUCUAGUAUGAUUUUAUUAAUCAUUUUGAUGCUA